UAUGCCCCCAAAAUCCUGAUAACCUGCAUUUCUGAUGACAAAAGUAUCUCCUUUGCUGGUUGUGCAGCUCAGUUCUUCUCAGCUGGUCUCACCUACAGUGAGUGUUAUCUGUUGGCCACCAUGGCUUAUGACCACUAUGUGGCCAUCUCCAACCCCUUGCUUUAUUCCCAGGUUAUGUCCCCAUGGUUAUGUGCCAGUCUCAUUGUAGCUUCAUACUUUUGUGGCUUUCUGAACUCAGCCAUCAUCACCAGUGAAACAUUUGCCCUGAGCUUCAGUGGGGAAAACCUCAUUGAUGAUUUUUUCUGUGAAUUGCCUCCACUUGUCAAGUUGGCUUGUGAUGUGGAAGAGAGUUACCAGGUGGUGCUCUAUUUUAUACUUGCCUCCAAUGUCAUCACUCCCUCUGUGCUUAUCCUGGCCUGCUAUCUCUUCAUCAUUGUUGCCAUCCUGAAGAUCUGCCCCACCCAAGGCCACCUCAAGGCCUUCUCCACCUGUGGCUCUCACUUGACAACUGUCACCUUGUACUAUGGUUCCAUUCUCUUCAUUCACUCCCGGCCAAGUACUAGCUACGCCCUGGAAAGGGAUAAAGUGGUGUCGGUGUUCUACAUGGUGGUGAUUCCCAUGUUGAAUCCCUUGAUGCAGCUUAAGAAUAAAGAUGUUAAAGAUGCCCUGAGGAAAAUGAUAGAUAGAGCUGAGUUUCUCAAAGGCUUUGGACUUUCUCAAGGUGACAGAGCUACCAAGGAACAGAAUCAGGAUUUGAACUCGGGUGCCCUUUCAAUUGUGCAGCCAUGCGAGGCUGCGUAUCCCAGCCCCGUCAGCCCUGCAAGGCUGCCUAGAGCAGCCCCGUCUGCUCUCAGCUGGGCUUGCUGCUAUGACUGUGUUUAG